CCUCCACUCGCCCCUUGCCACCAUCGUGCUCAUCCGCACUCCCCGUGCCUCUAAGCUCAUGGACCACACUCCUCCCUCUCCCAGUAGCCACCGUUGUUGCCGCCUCCAUGCCUCAUGGGCACUUCCUCUCCAGAUGUCACGCCACCGGCCUCGAAUCCCAUUCGGCUCCUCCCCGAUUCUCUCGCACUCUUCAUCCUUCCCGUGCCUCGAGGCCCUGAGGCUUCGCCGUCGUGUGGAUCUCAACUCUAACAGGAUGGAACAAAUUCAAUGUAUUCCUAGAACAUUUGUUCUUUGAAGCUGGAACUUUUUUCUUUAUUAAGUGGAGCAAUUUCGAUUUUUAUCUGGAACAUUUAUUAAUUUGGCGGAUUUCUCUGGAGUCUUCUCUGACUCCGGCGAGGAAAGGGGAGGCCACCGAGUGAGUGGGGUGACAGCUAUGGAAGAUCGGCCCGCCUCACUCGCGCGGCCCAGGCCAGGUCAACCCCACCGUCCCGGCUCGGAUCCAGGUCCAGGUAAAACCACAAGUCCACAACACGUGCACGCCAAACGGCCUGACCGAGGUCAGCUCCGUCAUUUUCCGCCGUCACGCCCCCUGAAAACCCCGCCCGUCUCCGCCCUUGACCGACUCGCCCCUCUUCGGCUCUUCCCCCCCCCCCCCCCCUCGCGUCCGUCGCACGCGCCGCCUGAACCCUGGCCACCGUCGCCGCCGCGCUCGCGACUCCGCAGGUGAGUGAGGCGGGCCUCCUCCCUUCUCGCGCUCUCCCCGUUUACCGAUCCUGUCUGACCCAAUGGAGAAGGCGGCCUCGGAGUCGUCGCUUGCCUGCGCUCGCUGCGGCGAGCCCGCGCUCCUCCAAUGCCCCAAGUGUGCGCAACUGAAGCUCCCGCGUGAGGGUGCUGCUUUCUGCACGCAGGAUUGUUUUAGGGCAGUGUGGAGCUCUCACAAAUCUAUCCACACAAAGCUGGAUAAAUUGACAUCAGGUCUGACAACCCAGCAAUCUCUAGAAGGUUGGAAAUAUUGUUUGAAAAAAGGACGGGCUCGUACAUCGCAGCUUCCUCGUUUUGAUUGGACAGGUCCAUUGAGGCCAUAUCCAAUAUCAAAGACGCGUGAGGUGCCAGACGAAAUUGAGAAGCCUGAUUGGGCACUUGAUGGAAUCCCGAAGAUUGAGCCAGAGAGUGACUUGCAGAAAAGAGUAGAGAUUAAGACCUCUGAGCAAAUAGAAAGGAUGAGAGAAACAUGUCGAAUUGCAAGAGAGGUUUUAGAUGCAGCUGCUCGUGUAAUCAAACCAGGAAUUACAACAGAUGAAAUUGAUAGAGUCGUCCAUGAGGAGACAAUUGCUAGAGGUGGAUAUCCAUCUCCAUUGAAUUACCAUUUCUUCCCAAAGUCAUGUUGCACGUCCGUUAAUGAAGUCAUUUUACAUGGAAUUCCAGAUGCCAGGAAACUUGAGGAUGGUGACAUUGUAAACAUUGACGUUACUGUAUAUUAUAAAGGUGUUCAUGGUGAUUUGAAUGAGACAUAUUUUGUUGGAAAUGUCGAUGAAGCCUCCAAACAGCUUGUCCGUUGUACCUAUGAAUGCUUGGAGAAAGCUAUUGCAAUAGUUAAACCUGGAGUUAGGUUCCGAGAGGUUGGAGAAAUCAUAAAUAGACAUGCGGCGAUGUCAGGUUUAUCUGUGGGGAAAUCUUAUUGUGGCCAUGGCAUAGGAGAAUUGUUCCACUGUGCCCCAGACAUCCCUCAUUAUUCAAGAAACAAGGCUGUUGGUAUCAUGAAAGCAGGGCAGACAUUCACGAUUGAGCCAAUGAUUAACGCAGGAGUUUGGCAUGAUCGUUUAUGGCCUGACGAGUGGACUGCAGUGACUGCAGAUGGUAAACGGAGUGCUCAAUUUGAGCACACACUUUUGGUGACGGAGACAGGAUGUGAAGUUUUGACAGCACGACUACUCUCAUCACCGGACGCCUUUCCAUGGUUGAAGCCGUGAUACUACUACUCUAGGCAGCAAGUGAUAGUGAACAUCGGGACUGUACAAUUUUUUUGAUCCACUCUAUUAGCCAGUCUCGAGCGAUGACAUUUCACCUUUCCAGACCAGAUAUUCUCCGCGUGGUAAGCCUGCUGGUGCUGAUGGGUCGCUCAGCUGUUCAUCUGCCUGAGUUGUUUCUGGGAGUGUAAAUGAGUUAAUUAUUUUUUUUCGAGUUGUAUGAUGUAUAAGGUACUUAAGAUGUGUUGCCAAUAUGUCUGUGCCAACGAAGUUCAAACAAAGGACAUGCUCAUAAAUCAUACCUGUUGACAAGUUUCUA